AACCCUGAAAAUCUUCUAAUCAGCCGGAAAAAUGUCCGGUGGCGGUUCCGACAACUUGCCGAUCCGAUACACCCUACAAGACAACCCGGCUCAACCAAACCCUCAACCCCAACAACCACUCAAGCUCCACCGCACCGCCCGCUACUAUGUGCAUCGGGUUCGUGAAAGCUUCACCAAUAGAGUCAUCAAAGUACUAUGUACCAUGUUCUUGUCUGUUGUUUUACUUGUUGGAAUUGUGUUGUUCAUUUUAUGGCUUAGUUUACGCCCUCAUCGACCGAGGUUCUACGUCGUGGAUUUCGCGGUUCCCAGUUUGGUUCAACCUUUGGGGUUCGAGAAUGCUUUGAUAUCGUUCAAUGUCACGGAUAGGAAAUCCAACCAACACAUUGGAAUCUAUUACGACUCGGUGGUCGGUUCGGUUUUCUAUAAGGAUCAACUAAUCGGUUCGGCUCCAUUGAUGGACUCUUUCUUCCAGGAACCAAAGACGACUACGGUCAUGUACGGUACAUUCACGGGGGCGACACUGACGGUGAGCAGCAAUCGUUGGAAGGAGUUCAUGGACGCUAGGCAACAAGGGACGGUGGUGUUCCGUUUGGAGAUAACGUCGGUGAUUAGAUUCAAGGUUACUACAUGGGACAGUAAGCGUCAUAAGAUGCAUGUCAAUUGUGAUGUUGCAGUUGGACAAGAUGGGUCGAUCCAGCCGACGUGGAAGAACAAGAAAUGUCCUGUCUAUUUUAGUUGAUUCUUGCAUUC